GGUGGCAGUACGGAAAAACACGAAGACUCCUCGGAGGUCAAAGUGUUGCACUUCCUGCUCGGCGGUAAAGCGUGUGCUGCUUUGCGAACUGCAAACGUUAUUGUGACGAAAAGAUACAAAAGCUGUUAGUUCCCAGACAUUAAUAAGUAGAACAGAAAUGAGUUUACCUCUGAACCCAAAGCCAUUCCUGAAUGGCCUGACAGGCAAGCCAGUGAUGGUGAAACUGAAGUGGGGAAUGGAGUAUAAGGGCUACCUGGUGUCUGUGGAUGGGUACAUGAAUAUGCAGCUGGCAAACACAGAAGAGUAUGUGGAUGGAGCAUUGGCGGGUCAUCUUGGUGAAGUGCUUAUCAGGUGCAAUAAUGUUUUGUACAUCAGAGGUGUAGAAGAAGAGGAAGAAGAUGGAGAAAUGAGGGAGUGAUGUUGGUGAACAGGACUCUGUCUGAGUGUGAUUGUACCUCGUAGUUGAGUUGAUGUGUGUUUGUGUUUUCACCAUGUGAAACAAAUGAACGCUUGUGGGUUUUGGUUAUUUUUCAAGCAGUCAAGACUUUUUUUUUUUUACUGUAUGUAGGGCCAAUUUUAUGUUGUGACAUUGUGAUACAGACACAAUAAAUGAUUAUACCCUUUCUUAAA